GGCCGCUGAGAAGAUGAAGCAGUGUAUCCUGAAGGCUGUGGAGGGAUGCCCACCUGAGGUGGUCGCUCAGUCUACCAAAGCUUUGGAGCAAUCUACUGCUCCCUGCAACCCAGAAAAAUCUCCAAGGCGAAAAUGUGUCUAGAGAAAAUUGUGAACUCCUGUGACAACCAAGACAUCAAAUCGUCAAUCCAACAAACCGUUACUGGAAUGCAGCAAUAUGAGACAAUAUGUAAUAAGCACUCUGAGAAAUAUGAAUCAGGCUCCUCGGGGAACUCGGACAACUCUGAUGUGAAAGUUACAUUGGAUGAAUCUGCCAAGGAAGAGGUUGAAGUUGCAAUUGCAGAAGCAGAAGCUGAGGCAGAGAAAGAAGGUGAAGAUGAAGGAGGCAUAUUUGCAGAACCACAAGGCAAAAACAAGCAAACUAACAGCGGUGGCGGAAACUCUGGGUCAGGAAAUGGUGAAAAUGGAAGCCCCAGCAUCAGAGCUUCUGUCUUCGCCUUGUCGUCGCUCCUGGCUCUCCCCUUGUGCGUUCAAGCCUUCAUCAGGAUGUAGAGAGUUUUUUCAUGUUUGUUUUUUUUUUAGCAUAUGAAAAAGAGUCAAACCCUCCCUUGCUCAGCUGCUCAACUUACAAGACCAGAGAAUGUUACAGUUUGUCGCGAAGAAGAUGCAAUUUUGCUUGAGAGUGCCUUGACUCCUUUGCAUUUUCUUAUACUUUUGUCGUCAGUGUCUGUCGGACAGCAUUAAUGCUCAUGAUGAAUUUAUCAAAGUUCAAGUUUUGCUUUAGAUAUACCAUUGUUAUUUGUAUCUCUCCAAAAUUCUAGGGGUUUUCAACCUUCGGUAAUGUACUCGAAUUUAUGAUUAUUAUUAUCUGACCACGUAAACUGAAUUUGUAAUUUUGUUCCUGUCCUUUUUUUAUAUCACUAUACAGCACCAUGUUUGUGUUGACCUCAGUAUUCAAGGCUUAUUCAUUGUAUUGGUAUAUGUCUGAGGGUGUGGAACCAUACAUCAAGUUUUGUCAUUUGUAAUAUCGUAGCUAAGGCACCUACACAGCUGUUGUUGCAGCAUUGUGUCUGUCUGCACAGAUAGACUUGUUAUUCCUUACUUUUCUAGUUAUGAAUUGUUAUUUAACUUUCACAACCAGUUUGCCUUCACAGAUUUGAUUCAAGCAGCUAUGUUUAUUCGUCUUGUACCACAAAAUAGCAGCAUGCAGUGAAAAAGAAAAAAAUAAAAAGCUCAAAAGAAUACUUUGAUGAAUUAGCAGAAACUAUAAAGACUGUUAACAGUCUCAAGCUCAAGAAAAAUAUAUUUUUCAUCCUUUUGAUACACCAACCCGAGAAAAAAUAUCGAUGUUGCUUCCGCCUGAAAAGUACACCAUUUACAUGUUGAUAGGCCAUGGGCUGAUUUAGGUUUGCGAGGUGUUAAAUAGUUUUUGUGUAUUCCUUUCAAAUCCUGGAAUUGAAAGUGACAGAGCAUGGAAAGUUGUUUUGUUUUUUUUAACUUGCUUGAUGCUUUCCACAUGUUGAGCUUUUCCAAUAUUGCUAUGAUCAAGUGGAGAGCAGCUGUGACAGUGUGCCGUGUGUCCGUGGAGGGUCCGGUGUUGUGAGAACGGGAUAAAGUAAAGGAAUGUUCUGGAAGUGUAGGCCUACUCUUUAAGCUUUGUGAAAGAUGUGUCUGAAAUAUAGAGCAAAGAGGUAGAAAUAGUAUCUCUCUGAAAUCAGCCUCAUAUCAAGAGUUUUCUGAAAUCCUUAAUUAAGAAAGAUGAAAGAAAGCGUAAGUGAAUUUAUGUUGGUCUUCCUUUUAUUCGGUUAUUAAAUGGAUGCUGUUGAUUUUUUUUCUUGUGCAGCAAAACAAUAACUUUGUUCAGAUUUCUCACAUAUAUAGUGUGGCUGCUCCACCCAUUGGCUUUGAUAUUACACUUUAGAUUAACACGAUUUGCUCUUCCCACUCAGGGCAUACUAAAUGUAAUAUUAAUUUGAUUUUAAAUGAGAUCUUUCUUGUUUUCAUCUGACAGCAUGCUUUCUAGUGGGAGCCUUGACAUUAAUGACUGUGUUCUUUGUUUACAUUUCAGUGUUUGAUUCUCUUGUGGUGGUAAUUUGUUUAAUUAAUGUUUGUCUGUUGUCAAUGAAGUUUGUGUUUUCAUUUUCAAGAAAUGAUUAAGUCCAUGUGUAGUUUUCCACCUCGCUUAUAAAUCAAUGGAAUUUCCCUGUUUUAUUAUAUAACUUAUUUCUUCAUCGUCAGAAAAUAUUCUUUCAAGAAGUUUGAAGUUUGGUUUUUUUACCCCCUCGGAUCAUACUUGUUUUUCAAUGUAUACCGUAGACGUCCUACUAUCCUAAAAACAGUUAAAUGUGCUUUUCUGAUAACCCUGUUCUUUCUUUGUUUGUAGUCUAACCAAUGAGCAAGUCUCUUGGUCAACACAAUUUCCGCCAUUGAUUUGUAAUGGAAUUCACGCUUGAGCUUCCAACCUACUCUUUUUCCUUUCUUAGCUACACGCCUUGAGAAUUGUGGACAUUCUGACAGUUGGUCAAAGUUGGGCUGUAGUAGAAAGUUCCAGGAACCGUUCCCUUUGUGACUGUUUUCGUUUGCUACGACCACAGCGUAUCAUUCUAACAUGAUCACAAGCUUUCCUCACUUCAUUAAUUACUUAAUGUGAAUGUCCUGUACUUUCGUUGCCAUCAAUUAUGAUUAAACUUAAUAUUUUACGUAAAA